AUGCCUUGUGACGCAACCUCAAAUAAAAAUGGAAAUAAAGUCGUAGUUUAUCAUUAUUGGUCGUGGAGGCCGUGUCAUUAUUGUGGAAUCGUGAGGCCCCCGAGGUCGCAUCACUGCAAGUUGUGUCGAUGCUGCGUGCUGAAGAGAGAUCACCACUGCUUCUUCGCUACCAACUGCAUCGGCUUGAACAAUCAGCGACAUUUUGUUGUUUUCUUGUUCUGGACCUGUUGUGCAAUCACAUUUUGUUUGAUUCAUUCCGCACUAUACUUGUUCACCAGAUGCGUUUCUAAUGAAAACUGCGUUGAUGUCAAUAGCUAUGUUGUACUGCCGAUGACUGUGGUGAAGAUGAUUCGGGGUAAGUGUACUCUGAUGGAUCUUGGACUGGUUGUCGUUCUCUAUUCAUUAGUUUGGUUUUCAUUCGUAUGCGGAACAUUUUUUAUCGAACAACUGAAAUUAAUAUUAUCAAAUCUGACACCUUUUGAGAAAGAAAGAGGCAUUGGCAUCAUUACCAGCGAAAAUAAAACAAACGAGGUCAAUUCUUCACAAUUCCAUUACGCAAUCAACCGAGCUAUCAAAUACAUCAAUCAAUGGAAUAAAAGUUUUUUUUGGGUUUUCGGAAAACACUGGAUGCUAAAUUUUUUCCUACCUCUUCAUUUUAUCUACCCGUGCCCAGAGGAUGGUAUGAGUUGGAAAAGCGUUGACUUCUGCAUAGGAUCUUCGAGAGCUUAG